AUGGCCGUUGUUUCUCAAACUCCAAGUGUGACCAAGAUCCAAAAGGAAAUCGCAGACAUGCUAGGCAAUAAGCUAGACAACAAGCUAGACAACGAUGUCAGUGCGGUGGGUGUUCCUUUUAGAGAGGAUAAUAUAGGUUGCAAAGUUGUGUUAACCAGUCGAAGUGUGGUUUGCAAUCAAAUGGGAGUUCAAAAGAUUGUUCAUGUCAAUGUGUUGCCGAAACCAGAAGCAUGGGUCCUUUUCACAGAGAUGGCCAGUGAAGCAGUCGAUUGCAGUGAUUUGAAUCCAUUGCAAGAGAGGUAG